AUGUCGGACAUCAUCAGAGCUCUUGACGAAGCACACGACCGCAUCGCUAGCAUGGGCGUUGAUGAGCUCAAGAGCGAGCGCGUUGACAGCCUCGCCUCCCUCAAGGCCAUCGAACACCCCAAGUGGCAGAAGCCCAUUAAGGCCUUCGAUCAGAAGAAGUACCUUAGCGACCUUGAGGCUGGCCAGAUCACCCUCCGCCAGAUCCAAGUCGCUACCAACUCCACUAAGUUGCCUGAGGAGCACGUCGCCGAUUACAUCCGCGUUAACGGCANNCUCCCCGAGCCCAAGUACGGCCCCGGCAAAUGCACUUACGACCCUUACCCUCUCCCACCUAAGCGCAAGCGCGAUGCCAUCUCCGACAACAUCGAGGAUGCUCUCAAGAAGGUCAAGAACGCCUUCAAGUGA